AUGUUACCUGGGACCGUGAGUGUGGAUGAGGGGCCGGACCAGGGAGCGCCUGUGGGCGGAGAGCGCACGGGAGGAAGGCGGGGAGCGAGCCAGGGCGGGCAGACGGCGAGCGGCGGAGCAGGCAGUGCCGGCCCGCGCGAGCAUCCGCUGGCGCCGGACGGCGGCCGCAGCAUGAGUGGCCCCCAGCCCGCCGCUGCGCCCGAGCUGGGCCCAGACAGGGAGGCUGGAGGCCCCUCAGCAGAGGCCAUGGUGGGUGCCCGGGAGAAGGGCCCUCGGCUGGGCCAGCGGCUGCCCUCGAUCGUGGUGGAGCCCAGCGAGCUGGGUGCGGUGGAGAGUGGGGAGCUGCGUUGGCCCCCAGAGGGCGCCCAGAGGGGGUCUGCCCGGAGCCAGGCUGCUGCUGCCCCCUCACCGCGUCCGCCGGGAGCACCAGGGGAGGCUCCAGCUGACGCCGAUGACGCGCGUGCCAGCUCCGCGGGCCAGGCCCCCUGCGCCCGGCGGUAGGACAAGGACCGGCC